AUGUUACUGAAUGUAGUGUCGAAACAAAUCUUUAUUCUUGUUAUAUUGCGGUAUUCUGUUUGUUCGCAACAAUGGGACAGCGGUUUGCGUCAAAGAUACGAUGGCUACGGAGAGGAUUGGAUUUUUAUGCCUGACGGCAAUGGACAGCCUCAAGUAGCAGUGUUAAAGGUCCAAGACAACGAAAGGAGAGGCAUAUUAGAUUCAGAAAUAGCUUACAUAAUUUACACUCGAUCUAAUCCGGAAAAAGGCACACGAGUGACUCUAAAUAAUACCUCGAAUCUUGCUGGCUCCGACUUCAAAUCCUCACGAAAAACGAAAUUCAUAACGCAUGGAUGGAAAUCGAGCGCUUUGAGUUCCGCGCUUCUCAACAUGAAAGAAGCUUUUCUCACUCACGGCGAUUACAACGUCAUUCUUGUGGAUUGGGAACCGUUGGCUGCGAGCACAUUUUACUUGGGACCGAUGUAUAACACCGUAAACGUCGGGACUAAUGCCGCUAACUUUAUAGACUUUUUAGUGAGAGAAACUGGACUGAAAACGGAAGAUGUUCAUUUUAUCGGUCAUUCCCUUGGUGCACACGUGGCUGGGAACGCGGGCGGUGCGACGACUUCUGGGAAAUUGAGCAGAGUAACAGGUUUGGAUCCAGCGUUGCCGGGAUUCCACAUACUCGCCUCUGAGAAAACUCGCUUGGAUCCUACAGAUGCAGUAUUCGUCGACGUCAUACACUCCUGCGGUGGUGUGUUAGGCUAUCUUCAACCGCUUGGAAAAGCAGACUUUUAUCCAAAUGCUGGUACAGCGAUUCAACCUGGAUGCUGCUGCGUCCCUGAGAUAAUGGAGGCUUGCAGUCAUGGGCGGUCAUAUGCAUACUUCACGGAAAGUAUAAAUUCGAAAACAGGACUAGCGGCUAAGAAAUGCGACAACUGGAAUUCAUACAUAAGCGGCAAAUGUACCAAUUCGCAAGUAGUGUUCAUGGGAGAGCAUGUUGAACAGACUGUCGAGGGUCUAUUUUUUCUUAAAACGAGAUCGAAUCCGCCUUACGCGCAUGUAUCAGAAGUAACCGACAAUAAUGUUUAAAUGAAAAUUAUGUACAAGCAAUCAUAUCUUUUCAAGAUACGUAUUUCGAAAUAAUUCCUGUUACCUUGGAUUUCACUUGUGGAUAAUAGCGAAAAUAACAAAUA